GUCAAAACAAAGGGAUUUUUAUCAGCUGUUCGACAGUUUUGAUUUAAUUCCAUUACACUAAUUCUGUUAUUAAUUCUCAAUCGAUUUACUUGCGUUAUUCUGAUUGUUUACGCCCCACAGUUCGUGUAUUAAUUACUAGCAGUUUACUGAUAUUGAACUGAUGAUUCACUAUUAAGUAACGAAUAUUUAAUUACUUAUUGUUAGUGCGUUUUAAUAUUUUCAAAAAAUGUACUCGGCCUUAAACGAAGAGUCGAUUAAUAACUGUGAUAGUGCUAGUGAUGACAGCAACUAUGAUGAUGAGGAUGAAACCACCCAAAUUGUUGCACCUGAUGUCGAGGACACGAAGGAUUGCAUGAAGUCUCGCCACAUCCUCGGCAUCCUGGGUUUCCUCGGCUUCGCCAACGUGUACGCGAUGCGAGUCAAUCUGUCGGUCGCGAUCGUGGCUAUGGUGAACAACACCAUGAUCCCCCAACCAACCAACAACAACUCGUUCGAACAUUGUCCCGUUCCGAAUAUCACCAACGGCACAACACCCUCAAAUGGGGAAUUCAAUUGGGAUGAACAGACGCAGGGCAUCGUUUUGGGUUCGUUUUUUUACGGUUACGUGCUGACCCAAGUACCUGGAGGUAGACUCGCUGAACUGUUGGGUGGCAAAAGAGUUUAUGGGUUAGGGGUGCUUGUCACCGCUAUUUUUACAUUCCUGAGUCCGAUUGCCGCGAAAAUUAACUUUCCACUAUUCAUUAUCGUCAGGAUUUUGGAAGGAAUGGGCGAGGGCGUUACGUUUCCUUCGAUGCAUGCAAUGUUGGCUCGUUGGAUUCCACCGUUGGAACGCAGCAAAUUCGCCGCUUACGUUUAUGCCGGUGCAAACUUCGGUACUAUAAUAUCGUUACCAUUGAGCGGCUGGUUGUGCUCGUUGGAGUUCAUGGGAGGCUGGCCGUUGUGUUUCUAUUUGUUUGGUUUUUUGGGCUUCAUAUGGUUUUUCUUUUGGAUGUACUUGGUGUACGACAAUCCGCAGGUGCAUCCCCGCAUUUGUCCGCAAGAGAAGGCGUUUAUUUUAGCGAGCAUUGGACCACAGGACGAAGACGACAAACGAUCGAUACCGUGGAGAAGUCUGGCCACUUGCGUGCCCCUGUGGGCCAUUCUGAUAACGCAGUGCGGACAGUCGUGGGCUUUUUACACCCAGCUGACCGAGUUACCAACUUACAUGGCUCAAGUGUUGCAUUUUGAUAUACAAUCUGAUGCCCUUCUGUCCGCAAUUCCUUAUUUUACGAGUUGGUGGUGCGGUAUUUUAACAAGUAUCUUUGCGGAUUGGUUACUGAGCAAGAAUUACCUGUCCCUAUCCACUUCUUACAAAGUUUUCAAUUCUAUUAGUUCAAUAGUGCCGUCUUUGGGUUUACUGGGCGUCGCGUACGUGGGUUGCGAUCGUCUUUCGGUACAAUUAUUGUUGGCGCUUCCCGGUGCUUUAGCAGGCGCCGUAUACGCUGGCAAUCAAAUGAACCACAUCGCCUUAAGUCCCAAAUAUGCCGGCACCAUGUACGGAAUUACUAAUGCGGCCGCCAAUAUGUGCGGUUUCCUAGCGCCUUACGUCAUUGGCCUCAUCAUCGAGGGACGCGAAACGCUGGGACAGUGGAGGAUGGUAUUUUAUCUGGCUGCAGGGAUAAACAUCGGCACGAAUCUGUUUUAUGUGGCGUUCGCGAGUGCCAGAGAACAGCCGUGGUCCAGAUCGCAGAGAUUAAGCACGACUAACUGACAGGCGCUUUAUUUGGCCAUGUUGGUCGACGCCUAAGUUUAACUGUUAUUGUUUUAAUUUUGUACAUAUUUAGCAGGAUGAUUUAUGUAAUCUAUUGUAGGGAGAUAAGACAAAAAACAAUGUGAUCUUUAUAUACAGGUUUAUAGAAUUAUUAAAGUGUAAGCUUUAAUGGUACCAACAUAUUGUUUAUAAACACUUAAUCCUGUAUUAUAUAAUUGAUUUAUUGAGGUGGAGCACUUGUUUUAUGUGAUUUCUUUGUGUUGCCUCGAAUUAUUCUUGACACAAGGUGAGAAUUAAAAUGAGUGCUUUGAAAAAAAUAUCCGCCGAAAUUUCCUGGUACUAUGUUAAUGUGAUACUUAAUUAUUAAGCAUAGUUUUCAUAUUUAAUUAUGUAAAUUGAUGUAUAUCUUCUUAUCAAAUCUCCUAAGUUAUUGCAUUUACAUUUUAGAUGAUACCAAUCAGAAAUUUAUUGUAUAAGUCAUACAGUAUAGUAUAUGUGAUAAAAACAGCACAUUGGGAAAAUCUCUUUCCAAUAAAUUGUGGAUUCUUGUUUAUCUGAGUUUUUAGUUAUUAAGGUGCUAUUGUCUUGAUUUUGGUUCUUUUUAUAAGUAUUAUGUAACUUUUUUGUAGCAUUUGCUCAUUUCAUAGUCAAUUAUAUGUGACAAUUACUUUUUAUUUUGCUCAAGUAUAUUUUUAUUAAAACAUCUGUAGAUAGGAAAAAUAUACAAAAAUGUAUACAUUUUUAUCAACUAUAAAUAAAUAUAUUUUACCUUAAA